UCAGCUUCUAGAAGACAGAACUAUCUGAUCAAUGUUGUUCUUCAUUAUUCAGUUGCCGCUGACGCGUUUAAAACUUUAAUCCGCAUAUUUAAGUGCUACAAGCAGCAACGACGUCUACGAAGGUAACCUGCAAUAGGUUCACUGCUUGCGCCGUCAUUUCUAUCCUAGAUAGAAAGACAAGUGACUAAAUCAGUGUGGCCCCGCAACUCGUUCAUCAUCGUUUUGGUAACAACAACAGCAGCAGCAGCAGCAGCAGUAUCAGUUAAAGCUGCAGCAAAACGAUCUCGAAAACACGACCUAACGCACGGCGCCGAGCGUUAAAGACCCAGCAGCAGCGGUAUCGCUACGACUGAUAUCUACUACAGCUGCUACUAUAACCUGUGAAAAGAGUCGGAAAGCUGACCUUUCAGUGGCUCCGCAAAGUUGAUCCCAAAUCAGUAUUGUUAUCACAUCUCAUCAUCAACGUUAUCUGUAACGGGCGCCUUCGCUCAGUGUUAUUUACUGCGGCACGUUUCUGUGCUGACUCACAGUCUAGAUAUUCUAUCGCUUGUCACAAGACUAACAAUAUUUCCGCGCAUCUUUUUACAACGAAGUUUAGCAUUCGGAAAGACAGGGUCACUAAUAACUAUUGUUUUUCGCGGCAUUUCGCCCGUGCUUCCGACGGUCGAUCUCUCCACGUCUUCACGCGCGUCGAAAGGGAGGCAGACGGGGGCAAGUACCUGUCACAACUGACUUACACCGGACGUCCCCGACUGGCAGGACUUUAGAGAACGCGCAAAAACGUGAGCUUUCCAUCGUUCGAUUAGAGGUAGUAAAAAUCGGCUCAAGAAGGCUGUGCCAUUGAAGCGCGCAUUUCGCUGCGAGUAGACCAACAAAUCAGAACAGUUUAAAAUACAACAUUGUGUGUUUUUGUUGUGCUGUCCAAGUCGUAGACUCGUCGAAGGUUAGUAAACGUCGGAAAAAGGUCCGGUAACAGCAUAAUGGCGGAAGCUUGUUAUAGUUACGAGCACAUGAAGAGUAUCUCGGACAACAUCGCCAGUCGGACGAAACAUCGGCCCACGAUCUUGAUCAUCUGUGGAUCGGGACUGAAUACGAUUGCUGAGGUUGUAAAAGAGCAGGAGACUGUGGAGUACAAGGACAUCCCGGAUUUCCCCCAGAGUACCGUAGUCGGCCACCAGGGCAGAUUUGUGUUUGGGAAGUUAGGUGACAAAAUUAUUGUAUGUAUGCAAGGCCGUUUCCAUCCAUAUGAAGGCUAUCCGCUGUGGAAAUGCGCGAUGCCGGUGAGACUCAUGAAGCUCAUGGGUGUUCAGUUCCUCGUUGUCACGAAUGCUGCUGGUGGAGUUAAUGCGAACUAUAAGAUGGGCGACAUUAUGAUCAUUAAGGACCACAUCAAUUUGCCAGGCAUGGCAGGCCUGAACCCUUUGAACGGCUAUAAUGAUGAGCGUUGGGGACCCCGAUUUCCGGCGAUGAACAACGCAUAUUGUCCGAAGUUACGGAAGCUUGCUAAAGAAGUUGCGGCUGAAGUCGGUGCGAAGGAUUUUAUUAAGGAGGGCGUCUACUGUAUGCAGGGAGGACCAAACUUCGAGACGGUGGCGGAAAUCCGCAUGUUACGAGCUAUUGGAGCAGACGCUUGCGGUAUGAGCACCUGCCAUGAGGUCAUCACAGCAGCUCACUGCGGUAUACGAACGAUCGGACUUUCCCUAAUUAGCAACGAAUGUGUGGCGGACUAUGACACCACACAAUUUGCUAAUCAUCAGGAAGUUCUUGAGACUGGAGCCAAGCGUAAAACAGUGUUACAAGCGCUUGUUACGAAACUCAUUUCGCUGCUUUGAUGACCACGUAUAUAGCAAUUGUCAAUCCCUUUCACCGAGGCCUGGCUUGACUUCGAUGAUACACGUAAAUCUGUUGAGACAGAAAUUACCAGCAACGGCUAGAGAUGAGGGAAAAACCUGUGGGUGGCUGGCGAUUGCUGCGGUGUUCAGAUGACAAGAGCUAGCACGAAGUAUCUUUAAACACAAAUAAAAAAAAAAAUCGAUCCGCAUGAAAAUCAAGCUGCUCGUUAACUUUAAUCUACAGUGUAACGCAAUCGAAUUUAUGAAAUGCUAAAUUUAUGUUACAUGGACGUGAAAGCCUGCGGUUCCUGCAGCAGUCAUAUAAACUUAGUUUUCAAUUCUUAGUAAGUACUCGAAGUACGGAACAAUGAUUUCUGUAAGACAUAACAGCUGUAUAGUUAUUAUAGGCUACCUUUCCUUACGUCUGAGUUAAGGAUCUCUGUUUCGUUUGACAUUAUAACAUUUGUCACAUAGAAUACAGUUCAUAUAAUAUUAGUUCAUACCGAUAACAUAUAAGUUUAUUGAUUAAUAAGUACUCUGUUCGGUAAAUGACACGAAAAUGCACGUACUGGUAGUGGGAUUGCUACUUCAACAUGUUAUAUAUUUCAAUCUUAUAUUAGGGCAAAGUUGCGAAAU